AUGGCACCUAUAUUUCAAUACACUCCUUUCCCCGUCCCGAGUCUAUACCGCCAGGACAAUGCAUUAAUCCCACCAUUCAUGUGGGCCAUGAGCGGCAUCGUAAUCGUUUUCACUGGCUUUAUCAUAUAUAUCGCGUACCGACAUAUCCGCUACCAUGGGCCCCAGGACACCGAACACUUCGAAUAUGAGCCUGAUACUAGACGCGACCUGAAGGCUGAGAUUGCGAAAGCCCGGCUCUGGAUACAUAUGGACUCCACAGAGGAGACGCCCAUUCCUUGGCUAUUUGGAGACGAUGGUGGGUCUGGGUAUGGGACGAUGGCGAGCAAGUCGCGUCGUGGUGAUUGCGAAUAUUGCGCACGUUGA